AUGUCUCACUUGUUUCAAAAGGGAGAUGUCAUUAUUAAACGAGAAACUUCGUCGAAUCAUGACCACAUUCAUUCAUUCUUGAUUACCAAAAUUCUGGAAAUUGAUUCAUUAGGUGAUGAUCAUUAUUGUUAUCAUGUCUCUCUGAGAACCAGUAAAAUUGAACCUCCUGAAGGAUGGACAACACUUCUCGAGGCAAAUCCACAAACCAUUUACCAAGCAGUUUGCACGCGAAUUAAUUCACAAAUAAGAGACGAGAAUGACCAUUCAACCAAACAUAUGGAACAAAUGUUAGACAAGAUUCGAAAGCAACCAUGGACAGAUGCUCAAAGCGAAUACCUUUCAAAACAUUGUAAAUUGUUAAUCAUGCAUUCCCCGUUGAAUUCGGUCAUGUCCUUUCAAGAAGAAGACGAAACGUCAAGCUCUGAAUUUAUUCUCUACGGUCAACAAUCUGUUCAAGAAUCAGAGCUCAGAGGAUUUCUCACAUAUUUGGAACUUACGGAUUAUACUCGAUUUUUGCUCAUCAAUAAUAAGGUAGAGACUUUUGAUGAGGUCUAUGACAAGUAUUCCUCUCUCUUUGAUCAAGCACUGAAUUGUAGCGAUCUGGAAGAAGGAAUUGCCUUAUACAAACAAUGUUUGAAAAUUCAUCCAAAAUUGUUUGAAGCAUGGGAUAACAUUGCCAUGAAUUUUAGGGAUUUACAAAUGUUUGAUGAGGCACUAGAAGCAUGUGAAGAAAGUCUUGCCAUUGAGCGAAAUAAUGUUGAAACGAUCAAAUUGGCUAUUCAUUGUUGUGAGCAAUUGGGUGGUUAUGACAAGUUGAUUGAAAAUUUGACCACUCAAUUACAAAAAAUCAAGUCCAAAUAA